UACAACACAAUCUUUUCUUAACAGAAUCAUUCAUCAAAUUCCCCAAAACAGAACUUCUCUUCCCACUACUUCUAUUGCAUAUGCAGAUAAAUCAGAAAAAUCCAUAACACCCACCACAAAACACAGGCAAUCUUUUACAGGAAAUUUCUGGUGAAGGAUGAGAUCAAUGGAGAAUACUUCCGGACAAAGAAAGGAAGAUCAAAAGUUUGAAUUGCCACCGGGUUUUCGAUUUCAUCCAACAGAUGAAGAGCUCAUAAGCCACUACCUCACCAAGAAGGUAGUUGACAGUUGCUUCAUUGCUAUGGCAAUUGCUGAAGUUGAUUUCAACAAGUGUGAGCCAUGGGAUUUGCCUGGGUUGGCUAAAACGGGUGAAACAGAGUGGUAUUAUUUUUGUUUGAGACACAGAAAAAACCCAACUGGUUUAAGAACAAACAGAGCCACUGAUGCUGGAUAUUGGAAGGCCACAGGCAAAGACAAGGAGAUAAUAACCAUGGAAAAUGCUUUGAUUGGAAUGAGGAAAACACUGGUUUUCUACAAGGGAAGAGCUCCAAAUGGUGAAAAGACCAAUUGGGUUUUGCAUGAAUACAGAUUGGAAGCAAAAGCAAAACAUGCUGAAUAUAAUAAUCUUCCUAAACCUGAAAAGAGUGAAUGGGUUAUCUGCAAAGUCUUUAAGAAGAGUCCUUGUGGAAACAAAAUACAUAUUCCAACAUUUGGAAGGUUCAACUCCUUUAGAGAGGAUCAGGAAACACAUGAUAACAUAGAAGCUCCUAGCUUGGACUUUUCAUCUUCUUUGGAUAAAGCAAAUCCUGCAUUCUCCAACCAAUGCACAAUGAUGACACAUCAAAUUGGGAAGUCACAAUCACAGUGCUCAAAUUAUUUUCUCCCCGAAGAACAUUCCAUGUUCAGGAGUGGGAAGCAAAAUGAGAAUGAGGAGUUUUCUCUGGGAAGAGACUUUGAUGCUGAUAGUGAUAUCCCCUCUUUGGUAUACAACAACAACAAUGACAUGUUUCAAAGGUGGUUCGGGAAUCAAGAGCAUUCUUCAGCUUCUUCAGGGAAUUUGGACAUUGAUUGCCUGUGGAAUCAAAUCACUGAUUAAGGCUGAAGGAAGAUUUUUUAGUUUAUUAAAAAAGUAUGCCAUGUACAUGAUACAUGUAAUUAAUUGAUUAC